AUGGCUGUUGUUACUAAUGGUUUUAGUUAUACAGGUCAUAAACAGACCUUAACUUUGGAUUGGAAAAGCAUCCUAAAAAAAUGUGAUGCUUUCUCGGGUCCGGUCAAUGGAUUUAUGUUUGUUGACUUUAAUUCUAUCAUAGAACAAACAUGCCCAAGAGACACAUUCUUUGAUGUUAUUGGACAUAUCGUGUCAUUUAGGCCUCUUGAAACUUCAAAUCCAGUACCAUCCAAGCAUUAUAUAAAACUCACUCUUAGCAACCUAGAUUCUGUACAUCUGAAGGUUACUAUUUUUGGAAGUCAAGCAUAUCAAAUUUCAGAAUACCUAAAAAAUAACCCGACGGUUAAUUGUGUUGUUAUCGUGAUGCAGUUUUUGAAGCUAAACAUUUGGAAUGGUAUUGGUGAAGCUAAAAGUCAUUUUGAAGUAACGAAAUUGUUCAUAAAUUCUGACAUUUAUGAAAUUAAUGAGUUUAAAAAUAAGUUGAAAUGUCAUGACAAUUUUGGUAUAACUGAAAAAAGCAUAACUACACUUCAAAGCUACUCUUCUUCAUAUACAGAUGACUUUAAGGGCAAUUUUCCAUUAAAAACAGUUUGUGAGAUCACCGAACCAAUUAAGGAAAUGAAGUUUUUAUUAGUUGCUUCCAUUGUUAAUAUAAGGCAGAAUCUACCAUGGUAUAUAAUUCCAAUCAACGUACAAGAUUGUACUGGAACCAUUGGAUUGACUCUUUUUGAUAGGGAAGCAAAGAGGCUGUUAAAUAUAAGUGCAUACGAGUUGAAAAAGAUACAUGAUGCGGCCGGAGACAGUGAUGCACUAUUUCCAAUGCAACUUAACGUGUUGAAAAACCGCAAGUUUGGUUUUGUUGUAGAUAUUACAGAAUACAAUGUCAACAACUAUAAUAACAUCUACACAGUUCUCAGAGUUACAGAAGAUAUGUCCAUUGUUUCUGAAUUGGAAAGUAAAAUAGAACUUAUGAGUAUUCAAUCUGUCUCCUUAAAUCAAGUUGCUUUGGAAUCAGAUGAUGUUGUACAGCCUGUUCAAAAGGAUGUGAUCUCACAAACAGAUGAAAGUUUUACACCCUCAACAGUUGAUAAGUCAACCGCAACAAGUCCAAGCAAAAUAUCAGGUGAUUUGAAGCGCAACCUCCAAGAAAUUUAUGAUGUUGAUUCUGGAGAUGAUUUAAGUUCAACUAAGGCUAAAAGAAAGUCAACCGGAGAGGAAACUCCACUCUUAAUUCCAAAAUUGGAAAAGUGA